GUAGAAUCUGAUCUUCUGUCCUCGUAUUCUUAAAGCCACUACUCCCCAAUUCACGUUUGAAUUGAUAUUCCCAUCAAUGCUUGCAAAUACCGAGAGUUUAUACGAAUGAGCAAAAAUGCCGACCGACAAGAAGUCUGGCAACGGCAGGACCUCGCUCGACUCUGUCUCAUCCAUCUCGACAACUAGUAUAGUAUUCGAUCAUCUCAACGACCUCGAGACACACAAGAAGCAACUACCGCCAUUAAUGACUGAAUCCAUCCGCCGAGACGAUCGCCUGUCAGACUUUGACGAUGAAGACCCCCUCAAGGAGGAGGUGGAUGGGGAGGGAGACUUAGAAACCGGUCCGUUCCUCCUCGGCCGCGAUGCAUACACUGUGGGCGGCGGGAAACACAUGGACCGCAAGUUCCGGCGCAUCAUGAUCGUGGUGGCCGGCUUGCUAGUCGCGGCGUGGGUGGGCGGUCUGUUUGUCUACAUCGCAUCAAAGUCGUACAAGCACGCAUCCACGGUCGAGCACGAUCCGGAAAAGACGAAAGCCGCGUCCCUGACGAGCGGGAAGAAGAUCACGAUGGAUCAAGUCAGGGACGGCACGUGGUAUGCCAACUCGCACGACAUCUCCUGGAUCGAGGGACCCAAAGGCGAGGACGGCCUAAUGAUUGAGAUUGGUGCCCAAGGGAAGGAUUACAUUGUUGUCGAGGACGUGCGUGCGGAGAACCCGGAUUCCACGGCCGAGGGGAAAGCCGACGUGACGGCAAGCCGGAGGACUUUGAUGAAGGUUGGAAGCUUUGGAUACCAGGGCAGUCUGCUCAUCCCAUCCGGCGCGGAGCCGAGUCGUGACCAACAAAAGGUUCUGCUACGAACGGAUCAGAAGAGCAACUGGCGGCACUCGUACACGGCGAAUUACUGGAUCUGGGAUGUCGCGAAGCAAAUUGCCGAGCCUCUUAUACCGGGAAGUCCCAAUGCCCGGGUACAGAAUGCGCAAUGGAGUCCUACAAGUGACGCAAUAGUCUUUACAAGAGACAAUAACCUCUACCUACGCAAUAUCGGCUCCAACAAGGUUACACAGAUCACCAAGGAUGGCGGGGCCGACCUUUUCUACGGUGUUCCGGAUUGGGUUUACGAGGAGGAGGUUAUCGCAGGUGCCAGCACGACGUGGUGGUCGGAAGAUGGAAAAUAUGUCGCUUUCCUUCGCACCAACGAGACCGGAGUGCCCGCAUUUCCGGUACAGUACUUCAUGUCCAGGCCUAGUGGAGAUCAGCCCAAGGCCGGGGAGGAGACGUACCCAGAAGUCCGCGAUAUCAAGUACCCACGCUCGGGCUCUCACAACCCGGUUGUUGAUGUUCAGUUUUAUGAUAUCGCCCGUGGCGACGUCUUUUCUGUCGACAUUAAUGGUGGCUUUGCCGAUAACGAUCGCCUUAUCACGACUGUUCUAUGGGCCGGAAGCCAAGUCAUUGUCAAGGAGACGAACCGGGUUAGCGAUGUCAUGCGCGUGGUGCUGAUUGACGUGGAAAAGCGGACGGGAAAGACACCACGCACUGUCGAUGUUGGCAAGAUUGACGGCGGCUGGUUCGAGAUUUCUCAGAAGACCAAGUAUAUCCCUGCUGACCCCAAGAAAGGUCGUAACCAGGACGGGUACAUCGACACGGUCAUUCACAACGAUGGCGACCACCUCGCAUACUUUUCGCCUCCCGACAACCCGGAUCCUAUCAUGUUGACUUCGGGUCCGGGCUGGGAGGUAGUUGAUGCACCGUCAGCGGUCGACCUCGAAAACAACCUCGUCUACUUCAUUGCGACCAAAGAAGGCAGCACACAACGCCACGUCUACAGCGUGCAGCUCGAUGGUAAAAACAUGAAAUCUUUUACCGACACCGAUGCCAAGGGAUACUACGACGUCAGCUUUUCCUCGGGGGCUGGCUAUGCGCUGCUCAGCUACAAUGGCCCCAAGAUUCCCUGGCAAAAGGUUGUCAGCACACCGGCGAACAAGCAAAGUUACGAGGCUGUCAUCGAGGAAAAUAAGGAAUUGGCGGACAAUGCGCGCAAGUAUGACCUGCCGCUGCUGAACUACGGCACUUUGGAUAUUGAAGGUGUGCAGGUCAACUAUUUGGAAAGGCGACCACCGCAGUUCAGUGAGAAGAAAAAGUACCCAGUGCUGUUCCAGCAGUACAGCGGACCGGGAUCACAGUCGGUAAGCCAAAAAUUCGGCGUCGAUUUCCAGAGCUACGUCGCCGCAUCACUGGGCUACAUUGUUGUCACCGUCGACGGGCGCGGCACUGGCUUCAUCGGACGCAAGAACCGCGUUCUCGUCCGCGGCAGGCUGGGUGAGACCGAGGCGCACGAUCAGAUCGCAGCGGCCAAACACUGGGCCAGCCUCGGAUACGUCGACCCUUCGCGCAUUGCCAUCUGGGGUUGGUCUUAUGGUGGCUUCCAGACGCUCAAGACGCUCGAGGCGGAUGCCGGCAACACGUUCAGCUACGGCAUGGCGGUGGCGCCCGUCACCGACUGGCGCUUCUACGACUCGAUCUACACGGAACGAUACAUGCUCACGCCGCAGCAGAACGGGGAUGGCUACACCAGGAGCGCCGUCCACAACGUCAGCGCGUUGGCGUCGAACAAGCGAUUCCUGCUGAUGCACGGCGCCUCGGACGACAAUGUGCAUUUCCAGAACUCGUUGACGCUGCUGGACAAGUUGGACGUGGGAGGAGUGGAGAAUUAUGACGUCCAUGUCUUCCCGGACAGCGACCACAGCAUCUUUUUCCAUAAUGCCCACAAGAUCAUCUACGACAAGCUGGAGAAUUGGCUGGUCAACGCAUUCAACGGCGAGUGGCUCAAAGUCAACAAUGCAAAGCCUGUAGAGCUGGUGCACCCUACUCAGCUUGUGAGGGAAAGGGAAAAGGCCAAGCUGAGGAAGAGGUGGCAAGAGAUUCAGAAUAACUAGAUUUUCUUUGUAUUAACGUGUCAUAUUAUGAAAUUUAAAUUCAACAACGUGCGGAUCAAGUGAGACGUGAGAAUACAAGUAGGGAGAUCAAUAGGUAGUAAGUAGAUAAGGUACCUAUUUUGGG